AUGUCAGAAUAUACACUAGGUGCCCCGUCCCGGAAGCUGGAUGAGUUCGAAGAACUCGUCUACGAGUAUACAAGCCGAAUGGGCCUGGGCGACGGAGGAUACUGGGGCGUCGACGCCCGCAGCUGUAACCUCCGUUUCGAAUCCGCGACUCGUGGUCCGCCGGCCACCGUCACAUUCCUCUUCAAAGUCACGCCGGAAAUGAGCAAUGGUAUGGGGAACCUACACGGUGGCUGCGCUGCUACUUUGAUUGAUGUCCUGUCUACCACAAUCUUGCUCGGUCUCUCUUCACCGGGCAAGUUCGCGCUUGGUGGUGUCAGCCGUAAUCUGCGAGUUACAUAUCUACGACCUGUGCCUACAGACAUGGAAGUGCGACUUGUCUGUGAGGUGGUUCAUGUUGGCAAGCGAUUGGCUUUGCUUAGAGCAGAGAUUCAGAGGGCAGAGGGUGGUGAUGUCUGUGUCGUUGGUGAACAUGAAAAGGCUAAUACGGACCCGGAGGUGGACCAGAGAAUUUGA